AUGUGGGAGUUCCGGUCUAUGAAUUUUUGGCGGGCAGUUUUUGCCGAGUUCUUCGGGACCAUGUUUUUUGUGUUCUUUGGCAUGGGCGCUGCCCUGCGCUGGACCACUGGGCCUCAUCAUGUCCUUCAUGUGGCCCUGUGCUUUGGGCUGGCAGCCGCUACCCUCAUCCAGUCCAUCGGCCACAUCAGCGGCGGCCAUAUCAACCCUGCCGUCACUUUUGCCUACCUUGUCGGCUCACAGAUGUCUCUUUUCCGCGCCAUUUUCUACAUUGCUGCCCAGUGCCUGGGUGCUGUAGCCGGGGCCGCUGUGCUGUAUGGGGUGACACCAGGCAACAUGAGAGGCAACAUGGCAAUGAACACGCUGCAGCCUGGCAUCAGCCUGGGGAUGGCCACCACUGUGGAGGUCUUCCUCACCAUGCAGCUUGUCAUCUGCAUCUUCGCCGUGACUGAUGAGAGGAGAAAUGGACGUCUCGGAUCUGCUGCCCUCUCCAUCGGUUUCUCUGUUACCAUCGGACAUCUCAUGGGGAUGUACUACACGGGUGCUGGAAUGAACCCUGCCAGGUCCUUUGCCCCUGCUGUGAUCUUCAGAAACUUUAUCAACCACUGGGUGUACUGGGUCGGGCCUAUGAUAGGAGGUGCCAUGGGGGCCCUCCUGUAUGAUUUCAUGCUGUUCCCACGCAUGAGGGGUCUGUCCGAGCGUCUGGCCACACUGAAGGGCAGUCGACCUCCCGAGAACGAGACCCAGCAGGACACCCGCGGGGAGCCCAUCGAGCUCAAGACACAAGCCCUAUAA